AUGUGUUCCUCAUCAUCUCAAACAGAAAAAGAACAAUGUAAUAUUCGUAUUGUUAAAGAAUACAUGGAAAUAAGUUACGAUCCAAAACGUGCAACAGCUAAAAAUGUUGAACAUUUAUUGGCAAAGCAGAAUCGAUUUAUUGCUCCCACGACAUUUCCAGAUGUUAAUGAUUGUGAAACGUACGCUGAAGAACAUGGAAAAUUAAUGAAAAGUAUAAAUAACUUACAUAUAAUUAAUUUCGAUUACAUGGUAGCAAAAGACAAUCAAGUAGCAUUGAGAUAUUCAGCUGAAGGUAGUCACGAUGGAGAAGCGUACAAGAGUAUUAAAGCGAGUGGUCGGCAUGCAAAAUGGACAGCAGCUGGACUAUUUAAAUUAGAUGAUAAUAAUAAAAUAGUUGAAUUUAUUAAAGAAUGGGAUAAAUUAGCAAUGUGGAAACAAUUAGGUUUUCCGAUAGAAGAAGGAACCAAAGUGCCUGAAAAAUAA